AUGGUUCACUACAAUUUCAAGGGAAUCACUGUGGUCCCCACCGGAACCGAGUUAAUCGACAUCAUCCUCUCACGCACCCAGCGCCGAACUCCGACACAGGUCCACAAAGGUUACGCCAUCUCCCGCCUCCAAGAGUUCUACAAGCGCAAGGUCAAAUUUGCUCAGCAGAACUUUCACGACAAGCUGUCCACCAUCAUCGACGACUUCCCGAGGCUCGACAGCAUCCACCCUUUCUAUGCCGACCUCCUUCACGUCCUCUACAACAAGGAUCACUACAAGCUUGCGCUCGGCCAAGUCAACACUGCAAGGAAACUUAUCGAAAAUAUUGCAAAGGACUACGUGAGGUUGCUUAAGUACGGAGGUUCCCUCUACCGUUGCAAGUCUCUUAAAGUCGCGGCACUUGGUCGCAUGUGCACCGUGAUCAAACGGGUCGGCCCGAGCUUGGCUUACCUGGAGCAGAUAAGGCAGCACUUGGCAAGACUUCCCUCAAUCGACCCAAAUACCCGUACAGUCUUGAUUUGCGGCUACCCGAACGUCGGCAAGAGCUCGUUCAUGAACAAGAUCACAAGGGCCGAUGUGGACGUGCAGUCAUAUGCUUUCACUACAAAGUCCUUGUUCGUAGGCCACACUGAAUAUAAGUACCUCAGGUAUCAAGUGAUUGACACCCCUGGUAUUCUUGACAGGCCUUUCGAGGAUCGCAAUAUCAUCGAGAUGUGCAGCAUCACGGCCCUUGCCCACCUGAGGGCUGCCGUCUUGUUUUUCCUCGACAUCUCGGGCUCGUGCGGGUACAGUAUAGCCCAGCAGGCAGCUCUUUUCCACAGCAUAAAGUCGCUGUUUGUGGGGAAGCCGCUUAUAAUCGUUUGCAACAAAACUGACCUGCAGUCGCUGGAAGGGAUCUCAGAGGCCGACAUGGAGCUGGUCAUGGAUAUGAAGGCUGAGGCCAUGAAGACUCUUGUGGGCCAAGUAGGCGAAGCCACGAACGUGCUGUUGACCAUGAGCACGUUGACCGAGGAUGGUGUGAUCUCCGUAAAAAAUGCUGCUUGCGAGAUGUUACUAAAUCAGAGGGUGGGAUUGAAAAUGAAGUCAAAAAAGGUGAUGGACUGUAGGAACCGUAUCCACGUGGCCAUCCCCAAGCUGCGGGAUGGGAAGGAAAGGCCGCCCUGCAUACCUUCAGCCGUCCUGGAAGCUCGGGAGGAGAAUGACGAGAAGGAAAAGAGGAAGCUGGAGAAGGAUUUGGAAAAUGAAAACGGAGGGGCGGGUGUGUACUCGGCAAGCCUGACCAAGAACUACAUGCUGACGAGCGAAGAGUGGAAAUCGGACCCCAUUCCUGAAAUCCUCGACGGGCACAACGUGUCCGAUUUUUUAGAUGCCGAUGUUCUGAUGAGGCUGGAGGAGCUAGAGAGAGAGGAGGACGGGUGUUUGGAGGAGGAAAACGAUUUCGAGAUGGAUGGGGCCGAGCUGACCUCCGAAGAACAGGCGGCCCUUGCUGAGAUAAGGAAAAAGAAGGGGCUGCUUGUCCGGGAGCACAGAAUGAAGAAGAGCGCAGCCGAAAGCCGUCCGGUUGUGCCUAGAAAAUUCAAUAAGGAUCGAGAAUUUACUACAGAGAGGAUGGAGAGACGGCUACAUUCCCUCGGGCUGGACCCUACUAUGGCAGUCGAGAGAGUGAGGAGCAAGUCGAGGGGCCGCAAGAGGGAUAGGUCAGGCAUUAGGGAUGAUGAAGGUGAUUUGAUGGAUGUGGAAGAGUCGAACAAGAAGAUGAGGCUGAGGUCGAGGUCGAGGUCCAAGUCGAGGGCUCCGGGCGAGGUUCUGCCGGGAGAGGGGUUUAAGGACAGCCGUCAGAAGGUAAAGGCACUUAAGAUGGCCAAGCGGUCGUGCAAGAAGAGGAACAAGGACGCGCGUAAGGGGGAGGCCGACAGAGUUAUUCCUUCUCGAAAGCCCAAGCACUUGUUCGCUGGAAAGCGCUCGAUCGGGAAGACGCAGAGACGUUAG